AUGUGCAGGCACUGGAACUACGCGAGAUUGACACCGAGAGUCGUGAAAGGACUGAUCACUAACAGAGCAAUGUCGUCAGGUCCAACUGGUGUCGAAGCUGGCAAAAGAGCGGCUGCCCGAGCUGCCGUGGAUAAUCAUUUAAAGACAGGCCAGGCUGUUGGCAUCGGAAGUGGUUCAACCAUCGUAUUUGCUGUGGAAAGAAUAGCGGAGCGAGUGAAAUCAGAAAAGCUGCAGCUGCGAUGUGUCCCCACCUCAUUUCAGGCUAAACAGCUGAUCCAGGAAAACGGCCUGAUACUGAGCAGUCUGGAAACAUGUCCUAAGCUGGACAUUGCUAUAGAUGGAGCAGAUGAAGUUGACAGUCAGCUUAACUGUAUAAAAGGUGGAGGUGGGUGUCUAACACAAGAAAAGAUUGUUGCCUCAUGUGCAAAUGAAUUUAUCAUCAUAGCUGAUUACAGGAAAGACACUGAUGCACUCUGUACUUACUGGACAAAAGGCAUUCCCAUAGAAGUGAUCCCCAUGGCCUACAGGCCCAUCCAGAUGAGGGUUGAAGCAGAGCUAGGUGGCAAGGCAGAUCUAAGGAUGGCCAGUCGCAAGGCGGGCCCAGUGGUGACAGACAAUGGUAACUUUAUACUGGACUGGGUAGCACCAUCGAAAACCGAAAACUGGGAGUUAGUCAAUCAAAAGAUCAAGAUAAUUCCAGGUGUUCUUGAGACUGGACUAUUUAUAAAGAUGGCUCGUGUGGCUUACUUCGGAAAUGAAGAUGGUUCCAUUUCAUCAAGAACUUCACCAUGGUUACAGUCAGCAGGGGACAGAUAACUCUGAAUCCACAAUUCUGAACCCAUCUUGAUUAGUCGGCAGGUUGCAUAACUCUAAAUCAGUCUCAGUCGGCAUGUGACAUAACUCUCUUUAUCUGACAGUUUUAUUCCAUGGAAAUCCAGUCGUUUCUUUUCACACGAGAGCACUCUUUUUAUCUGUUUCUUUUUUUUUCUGCACUCUCUGUAUGACCUCGUUAAUACUACAGGUAAUUUUUUACCUGAAUUUUCAGCGCUUUCCUAUUGGAGGUAACCAAAUAAGUACAUUUUAAGAUUAAACACAUAGUUUAAAGCCGAUUGUUCUCAGAGAUUCAAGUACCCAUUUUUUUGCCUAUUAUUUUCGAAGUUAUAAGAAAUAUUUCUUGUGUUUUUUUUAAUUUUGAAUUGAUUUUGAUGACAAAAUUUGAAUUGCAAACACUAAGUGAUAACAGAUCACAACAAAUAAUGUUUAGUGGCUGUGUUUAAACAAAACAAGAUGGGUUUGCUCAAUUUGUGUGAAUAUUCCAAUGGGUUAAGCUGUCCAGAUAGCCAGUAAGACUUUCAGUGCUAGUAAGUAGAAACAGGAUGUUGGAUCUCGAGGAUCAUUUCUAACUGUACUAUGUGUUGCCAGAUGCUAUAUUUUUUGCUGUAAAAUGAUAUAUAGUAAUAAGAACUGUUAUCUCAUUAUCUGAUAGGGGUAGGAGACAGUUACUUCUAGUAUUGAUGCUGUAUAUUAUCAAUACUCUCAGAUCAGCAUGGAACUGAAUUUCUUAUUUAAUAAUUUAGAAUUCUUCUAAUUUUAAGUCUGGAAUAAACAGGUUUAAUAUGUAAAACUUUUCAGUAACACACUUGAUGGCUGGGUUUAUUUCCUGGUCAAUUUAUUUUAAUUUAAUUUUAAGGCGGAGUUUCCUUCUGGUGGCAGCUACCUCACUGAACAACAUGCAGAAGGCCCAUCACAUGCCAACCUGAACAAUUUGAGUAGAGUGUCCUGCCUUUGUUAUAUGUCAGCAGAGACCAGUCCGUUUCACACCGAGAAACACAAACCAUUACAUUGCAUCCCAUUGUUACAUAGGCUGACAUUUCACUGAUAUCUUUUUAACUGUAAUGUAUAAUUGUACACAGAUAGAUCUAUGCUACUGCACUUCUGAUAAAACGAGGUGUAUUAAAUGCUUUUAUACCAAGAAAUGUGUUCAGAAAUAAAAAAGGUCUUCUUAAUGUUUAUUUAUACAAUAUUUGUGGAAAAAUGAAAAUGUUAUAUGUUGUUACAUUAAAUAGAACUAUCGGUUAACACAUUGAUAUCUGUUAAUGUUGCAAUGGAAAGUUAUGAUGUUUCAUUUUCAGUUCUCUCCCUUUGAUGUUUCAUGUUCAGUUCGCUCUCUUCAAUGUUUUUCAUGUUCAGUUCUCUUCCUUUGAUGUUUCAUUUUCAAUUCGCUCUCUUCAAUGUUUUUCAUGUUCAGUUCUCUUCCUUUGAUGUUUCAUGUUCAGAUCUCUCCCUUUGACGUUUUUCAUGUUCAGUUCUCUCUCUUUGACGUUUUUAUGUUCAAUUCUCUCCCUUUGACGUUUCAUGUUCAGUUCUCUCUGUUUGACGUUUCAUGUUCAGUUCUCUCUGUUUGAAAUUUCAUCUUCAAUUCUCUCCCUUUGACUUCAGCAUCAGAAUGCUGUCGUUUAUUUCUGUAGUAAACAUUCUGUACUAUCAUCAUAGAAAACAGACAUUUUAUUGAGGCCAAACGAGUUAACUUAAAACGGUUUAGUCCUUAAAAUUACGUAGUUCAUUGUUUUCUAUAAUUAAACUGGAGUCAAGCUUAGUUUUCAGUUGAGAAGGUUGGAUAUCUAUAAUUUAUCAUCUGUUUUAGGUGCACAGAAAACACCUGACAGGGAUGACUUACAAGUUUUCCGUCACCAUGAAUUUUCAUAUCACCAAUGUUCUUCCUAGUGAUAGCCAUUGUUUCAGCCACAAUUGUCAGUUAUUCUGGCUCCAUGAAUCUUCCUACAGCUAGACAUUGUCUCACCGAUUAACGUCAGUGUUCUGGUGACAUUCAGGGUAAUCAGUUACAAAGACAGUGAUAAGACUGAAGUUUGACUUUAUCUUUUCUUAGUGUAUAUUUUAAUGACAAUGUACUGCAUAAAUUGUUCAGUGGAUUUUUAGUUCUGAAGUGUGAUAACAAUUAAGUAUUUGGAUUUUUUUUAACUUUAAUUGAUUAUGAAACUAUUAAUUUACACAUUUCCAUAGAAGUACAUUUAAUUAGUUCCCACAGGUUUGUCAAUUUGGAAAUAUACAUGGUUUUAAAAUGAAAACAUGAAAAACCCUGUGCGUUGUAAUUAUAUUCAAACCAAGGCAAAUUAUACUGAAAUGCAUCAUCAGUUAGCAAAACUGAAAACAAAACGACAUGAACUUUGAGCAUAAUUACAAAAUUUCUUUCCAACUGAUAUAACCAUGAAUAAAUUUAUGUAGAAUAUUUAGUUUAAUACUCAGGAGUAUUUAAUCUGGAAAAUAAUUUAUAUUUAUAAUAGAAGACGGAUAUUAAUGAGCUUUCUUCACUUAAGUGCACUUUGAUUUUUGGGACCAUGCAUCUGCUGGUACAAUGAGAAUUAUUUGAAACAUCCAGUCUCAUCUUAACAAUUAUCCUUCAUUUAUUUCACAACUAUUGUGAAGCAAGUCUUUCCAAAUUAACUGCACCAAGUGUCUUAUUUUGAGUCUCAUCUUAAACUAAAGAAAUCAAUUCAUCACUGUGACAGAGCAGUUGUAACCUCUAGCAGACUGGUCAAUCUUUAUAACACAACUGACAAUCUCUUUUUUCCUAUGAAGGAGUUUGAAAAGUUUUGUUAAGAUAUAUCAAAAUUUGACCAGUGCAUGUUUCAUACAUGUACCAGUUAGAGUGAAAUUGACAUUUUGAAGCUGUAUCAAAUCUGGAUUCAAGAACUACAUAGCUAUAGUUUACUAUUGGGUGAUCGGGUGGCACGGCGGUUUCCUGUCCAGAACGGACAUGAAAAGGUUUGGGGUCACCUUUCUAACCACAUUUGGUUUUCCCCAGGUACUCAGGUUUCCGCCCACAUUAAGACCUCCAGUGUAGAUCCAUCCGACCCAACAAGAGAGAUUAAUAUAAGCUUAUAGCUUGUUUCACAAUUGUUGUAAAAUAAUUAAAGGUUAUAUUUAUAUAAUAGUUUAUUUUGAUAAUCAUUUUUGAAGAUCAUCAAUUUAAGAAUUAAUUCAAUAAACAUGUAUUUUCAACUAUUUUGAUGUUUUCUGGGGAAACGUUUUGGUAUUGUAAUAAAAGUCAUUAUGAGAAUAUGUUCAUUAUCAAAAAUUAACAUUCCUUUUUUUUUUAAUGGAAGAAAUAUGCUACACUUUUAUUUGUUUGAAAUAGAACAUGUUUCCUCAGAAGGAUCACACUGAUUGAUGAUAUUAGGCUGGAAAUAUGUGUAAACUGUAAGGAUUUCAACGAGGGAAUGCUCCUUUACAUAAAGAUAAAAUCAAGGUCCAUCUAUUUUCACUCCUUGUUUUCAUUAAAAUUAUGAAUUCAAAUAUUUCAUCAUUUCUGAUCAGGAAAUAACACUGCAUGUACAUAUCAAAAUGUUUUGGGGAACAAAAAGUUUUAUACCAAUUAGAUUUAAAAAUUUUUUUGAUUUUUUCUUAAUCCAAAUUUUUGUUGAAUGCAUGUCUUUUUGUUGUUUAUUCAGAUUAAUGUUAAUUGUGUAUUAAUUGUUAGCGAGUUUGAAAGCUUGAUAUUUUUGUAAUCUUUUGAAGCCUGUUACCUCAACUGUAAUUUUAGUGUAUCAAAUGAUGCCUUGCUAUGUUGACAUAUGUUCCAAUAUAUUAAUGUGUUCCAAGUGCUAGGAUUGUACAUAUUUUCGUUUCUGAAAAUAAAAUUGGUUUAUUAUCAA